AUGAACAACGUUUUAUUUAAGUCUACAGCGUCUAAAACACUGAUACAAUCUUCACCGAACCAAGAGAAAAACAUAAGAUUUGGCGAGACUUCGUUUGAAAUGUUAUCAGACUUUCUAACCGACCUUAACAACCUAAACAAAUCUAACUUGGAGAAUGUUUCAAGUGUCUGUUUCAAAGACAGAAUCGUAGUGGAACAUACAUUCCUUAUUUGUAAGGAGUUUGGACUUGACCCUUCAGUUUGUUUUCACGCUGUUGAAAUAUUAGAGAGAUUUAUGGUGAAACACAUUAGGAACUUGUUUUCCUGCAGCAUGAGUGAGGUGUGUGAUGGUGCCACAUUUGGAAACAAAGCAAGCCAUGAAGAACUGGUGUUUAAGAGUCUGAGAGGAAAACUUUACACCUUCAUUGUAUCAAGCGUGCAGAUAGCCAGCAAACUAGCCUAUCAUUCCAAUGUGAUUGACAACAGCUCGGCAUCAAGAUACCUGCAGUCACUUGGUUGCAGCUGUCAUAAGGACAAACUCUUAGAAUCUGAGCUAAUCAUCUUAAAAACUCUUGGAUUUAAAGUAAAUGUACUAAAUCCUCUGUCAUAUGUGGAGACUUUUCUGGAAGUUCUUGGCCACAAUGACCCAGCUAUACCUGUUGCACAACUGCAUCACCUGUGCAAGUAUGUUCUUCAGUUUAUUUACCUGCAGAAGAAGACAAUCUACCGAUCACUGCUUACAACUGUUACUGGAUGUCUGAGUCCCUCUCCAAAUCAAAGGGUAAAGUUUGUGUCUGUAAGUGAGGACUGCAUGUUGUUAGGAGUUGGAGUUAUUGCUGUGGCUGCUUUCAUCUACCAAACAUCUACUUGGGAAAAGGUAGUGGAGGAGCUUACUCUUAUCACUGGUAUCUCAACGAAAAGCAUCAUGGACUUUGCUCUUGUGACUGUUACAUACAUUGCCAAUAAUUAAUUUAAUUUAAAAUAUUUACAGUGUAGAUAACAGCAUUAAGUAAAAUGAAGUGAUCUAUAAAAAGUGAAAAGAUUAAUCCCAUUUUCUUCAUUGUU